UCGUGUCACACGGUUUCUUUUUUCAGAACGAUGAACAGUGCGUGUAAACAAAGUUUCAUUAAGUUACGACGAAUCGUUUUACGUAGGUGACGUAACCAAGAAUUGACUCAUGCCUGUCCAAUCUGAAGAUCGUCGCGAGUUCGACGUAGAGCAGCGCCUUGGAACGAAAGCUAAUUGACAUAUUAUUAAUAAUCUGCAUCUCCGUCACCCAAUUAUCGUACCAAGAAAGGACGUGAAAGCAAAAACACUAAGAAAGAAAGAAAGAAAGAAAGAAAGAAAAAGAAAGCGUCGGAAGAAGAGAGAUAGGAGACAAUUAAAAAGAGAACAAAAAUAAAGAAGAUAUUUAAACACAAAUGGCAGAAAACGAAGUACCUUUCUUACGUUCAAUUAACAACCGACAAAUAUCAUUUGUCAGAUUUACCAACUGUACAAAACGUAAUGUUGCACUUUAUUGGAUCGACUAUGAAGGUCAUGCCAUCAAAUAUGGCUGUUUAAAUCCUGCUUGCUACUUAGACAUCGACACUUUCGUAACGCAUCCUUGGAUCUUCGUUGAUGAUGAGACGAAGGAAAGAUAUUUGGUGAACCAGAAAGAUGUAUUUUAUCCUGAGCCGUGGUUGGAAAAAUGUUUGAAUGGUAGAGAGCCGUAUUGUCCACAUAGAAUCAACCGAACACAAGCCCUUAUAAUGGUACCGAUGUACACGUUACUUGAAUUAUCUUCAAGAGUAAUCACAAGACGUCUUAAUUACAAAGAACAAGUUCUUAAACUCAACAUACCGAGGUGUCUUCAAUAUAAGCUUGCUUCAAUGCUGCCCGACAAAAGUAACAUCGAAGAGGAUUCGUAAUAUUUUUUUGGAUAUCACGAUGAUGGAACACCAUAACUACUGCGUCUCGAUGAGACUGUCAAAGAUGACGAGACUCGGAGGGAUGCUGAUUAUUGUGGAAGCUAUGUUGAUGACCACACUUUUUAUCAGUGCAACGGCUGAACUUUAUACGGCUUUGGCGGACAUGGAAGAACUUCUAGAAACCGAAUCAGUACUCAUUGACACUCUUAAUGGAUAUAUUAAAGCUCAGGAACAACGAUUGGCUACUCUUAGAAAGAACGUUGAGGAUUAUAUGAGGGAACACGAACAAGCUUCGAGAAACAUACAACAAUACUUGUCCAAUCCGAUAAAUGCUUACCUGUUGGUCAAGAGACUAACCACAGACUGGAAAAGGGUUGAGGAACUCAUAACCGAAGACGUUGGCAAGUCAUUUGUAGCAAACAUCACGAAUUCAAGGAGCGACCUUAAGUUCCCUACGGACGAGGACCUCAAUGGAGCUGCAGUAGCUCUUAUGAGAUUGCAGGAUACCUACAAACUCGAGACUGCUCAAGUAGCCAGAGGUGUUCUCAAUGGAGUCCAAUACAGCACCGGUUUAAGUGCCAGUGAUUGUUUCGAGCUGGGACGGCAAUCUUACCAUAAUAAAGAUUACUAUCACACCGUGCUAUGGAUGCAAGAAGCUAUGGACCAUCUGCAAGAAGAACAGAAUGCAACUUCUACGUCGAAACCCGACAUUCUCGAAUAUUUGGCUUUUUCGACAUACAUGCAAGGUAAUGUUGCACGUGCUCUCAGCAUGACAAAUGAACUUUUAGAAUUAGUACCAACUCACGAAAGAGCGCUUGGUAAUCGAGCUUAUUAUCAAAAAGAAAUUCAAAGUAAAGCCAAUCUUAUGAAAAAGAAACGUGGAGAGGAUGGACGAGACGAUACAGCAAUACCGGAACAGAACUUCACUGUUACAGAGGAAAAGGUUAAAACUUGGGAAGAGAUGACAGAGAGGGAAAGAUACGAGAUGCUAUGCCGUGGUGAAGUUUCCAUUCCACCGGAAAUACAGAAGGAUCUAAAGUGUCGUUACGUCGAUCGAGGAAUUCCUUUCCUUAAAAUAGCCCCGUUCAAGGAAGAGGAAGCUUAUCUUGAUCCUAGGAUCGUCGUUUAUCAUAAUGUCAUUUAUGACGAGGAAAUUGAAACGAUCAAGAGAAUGGCUCAACCCAGGUUUAAACGUGCCACCGUCCAAAAUUACAAAACUGGUGCACUUGAAAUCGCCAAUUACAGAAUAAGCAAAAGUGCGUGGCUUCAGGAACACGAGCACAAGCACGUAGCAGCUGUGAGCAAACGUGUCGAGCAUAUGACCAGUUUAACCGUUGAUACUGCAGAAGAGUUACAAGUUGUAAACUAUGGUAUCGGUGGUCAUUACGAGCCUCAUUUCGAUUUUGCUAGGAAAGAAGAAACUAAUGCUUUCAAGAGCUUAGGAACUGGAAAUCGUAUUGCCACGGUUUUAUAUUACAUGAGCGAUGUAGAGCAAGGAGGUGGUACCGUGUUUACAGCUAUCAAUAUAUCCCUUUGGCCCAGGAAGGGUAGUGCUGCCUUUUGGUACAAUUUGAAACCAAACGGGGAGGGUGAUUUCAAAACAAGACACGCAGCUUGUCCAGUACUUACAGGAUCGAAAUGGGUUGCUAACAAGUGGCUUCACGAAAGAGGGCAGGAACUUCUUAGGCCUUGCACCUUAGAAAAUCAAUCAACAGAUGAAACUGACGUUAGGCAUUGAACAAAAUUCCAUGGAGCUUGCGAUUAAAUUGAUUCGUUAAUGUUAUUCAAACGAUCGAAUGAAAUAUUUUCAAAUUAUCCGCAAAAUAACAAUGAUUAGAAACGAACAAUUUCGUCGCAGUUUAACUACUUUGCUCGAUCUUAUGCUAAAGUUACGAAAGGACGACACGUGGCUAUUAUUAAAAAGCGAGGAUCCAUCUCGCAAGAAUUCAUCGUCUAGAAAAGAGAAAAAGACAUUGAACAAAAUCUUAAUAUUACUCGACGAUUUUAUGAUAAACGAGAAAUUCAUUAGGUGUCUCAUUUUCGAUCAUUUUAUUCUUACGAUUGUAAAGAAUAUAUAAUUUCAUUAAUCCUUAUUGAUAUAAGUAUUUAUGAAAUGAAAUUUAAACCAAAUAAUGCUAAUAUACUUCGUCUGCCUAUCGUUUUAUUUAUUUCACAAAUUAAUAGUAAUAUCUUUAACUGGAUUUAUUAUUUUAUUCUCAACAUUCCCAUCAUGUAAUAAACAUUUUUGUAGAGAAGGAUGCAUUGGAUUAUUAUUGGUUUUUUUUUUAUACAUAUCAACAGUUUCUGUAUACUUAUUAAGACUCGUAUAGGGAUACCACUAUUUGUAAAGGAAUAAAUAUCUAGGAUUACAUUAUUUUUCAUUAUGUUAAAAAGAUCUAUGAACAAAGUAUAAUAAUUAUUAACUAAUGAAUUUUUACACGACAGAGAAUAUUUAAUUUUAUUAAAAAAGGAUUAUCUUCGUCACAUAGUUCGAAAUAUUUUCGUGCUCUAGUAGAGACACUUGUGUGUUUCCUUUAGUGUUUGCUCAAUUUCUGUAAAUAUUAUACGAUUAGGAUAUAUUUCAUAGUUUAAUACAUUUGGUUGUUCUUCGCAUUUAACCCUUUGCGAACAAAUCAAUUUGUAAUUGAGCGAUAUAGUGAUACUUUCCAAAAACUUAUAUAUAUAUAUAUAUACAUACAUAUAUGUAUAAUAAAAUAUGUCGUAAAAAUUUGUAAUAUUUGCUUACAUGAAAAGUAUCGAUUAAAAAUUCAUCAUGUCAAUUGUUUUAGCCGCACUUAUAUCUGCGUUUAUCAUGCUUAUUGUUUAAACUAAAGAUAUAUAUAUAUAUAUGUGUACGGUAAUUAUGAAAAUGAAGUAA